CGACACGGUAGGACUGGAGUUCAGCAUCAACCACCUCCAUCAGCAAAUCCCGACUCGUGUGUAGAGAGCGCAUCUUCUUUCUUUGUCACAUGUUUGUCUUUGGACUCCAUGUAUCGGCCAGCUGAUUUGCGCUUUGAGAUAUAGAUCCAAACCGGAGGAGCCACCGCGAACGAUGAACCGCGAUGCACGCCCUGUCACAGCGAUGGAAACCACACCAACUCGUGGCGUUGUGCCGAACGCGCCUCGCUUAGACACUCCACGGAUGCAGUACCGAAGUCGGCCGGUCUCUGUCGCUGUCGAUCCUGUGUCUCUGGUCAUAUCAGAGUGCAUCUCCAUCACCUCCGCCAUACAAAAGCAUGCUCGUUCGCAGCACUCGUCGGUUUCCGCCAUCCUAGGUGUUAAUCCUAAUCCAAUACACCUCGGCCCGCCGAGUCCAAUAUUGCGAGGCCAAGACAGAGAGUCUUCCAGCAAUGCUGGUACCGACGAUGCGCAUGAACAUGCGCUUGGAAACAGAUGGGGUCUGCGAGGACAGAGAGGGAAGAGCAUGCAGGACAACCCCAUGAUUUCUGGGUUCGGAAAAUUGCGACAUGACAUCGCCGGCCACAAAGACAUUCACUCCUUCGAUGCGCCGUCUCUCCUCGCGCCUUUCUUGCAUGUCAUUCAAGCGAAGGGUACUGCAGCCCCUAUCACGAUUCUAGCGCUUGGAGCCCUCCGGAAAUUCCUGGCAUACGGCUUCCUCUGUCCCGAAUCACCUCGAUUUGCACAUGCCAUGCAGUCGCUAUCUGCCGCGGUGACGCACUGCCAGUUUGAUAUCAGUGAUGCGGGUCAAGUGGAGGUUGUACUACUCAUGAUUUUGAACUUGAUGGAGGACAUGAUGUCGGGUCCUGGCGGCGACAUUCUCAGCGACGAGAGUGUUUGUGAUAUGAUGGGUCGGGGUUUGGCCAUCUGCUCACAGCCGAGAUUCUCACCCGUCCUGCGCCGGACAGCCGAAGCUGCAAUGGUCAGAAUGUGCCAAAUUAUCUUCGAAGAUGUCAAGCACAUAGAGAUUGAGACCGGGCCAGAUGCUGGGGUGCUCAAUGGAAGCGCUGGGGGUGACGAGGUGCACGUUCACAUGACCAAUGCAGAUGCGGUCCCUGUAUCAGCGGCAAAGGUCUCGACUGAAGGCAAAGAGGGGUCUCAACCCGAAUCUCAAGCACCGGCCGCUGCACCGGCCAUCGCUCGAACGGGCCGGCGGGGAGAUGUGGACAAGUCAGACACGGGUGCAGAGACCGACUCUGAUGCGGAACACCCUAAAGCGGAAAACGACAGUCAAAGCGUGGAUCAGACCGACGGGAAGGAGUCUCUCGACCUUAAGCCAUACUCACUUCCCUCGGUCAAGGAACUGUUUCGAGUAUUGGUCAACUUCCUUGACCCGCAUGAUCGUCAUCACACUGAUACCAUGCGUGUCAUGGCUAUGCGAAUCAUUCAUGUGGCUCUUGAGGUAGCUGGGCCCUUCAUCGCUCGCCAUCCUGCUCUAGCAACCAUCGCGGAGGAUCAGUUAUGCUGCUACCUAUUCCAGCUGGUGCGCUCCGACAAUAUGGCCAUAUUACAAGAAGCACUAAUGGUUUCUGGGACGCUGCUGGCGACAUGUCGACCUGUGCUCAAGCUACAGCAAGAACUCUUCUUGUCCUACCUCGUCGCUUGCCUGCACCCAAAUGUCGAGAUCCCAAGAGAGCCAGGAAUCAAUCCCUCUUUGUAUUCUGGCAUUCCUCAGACGCCGAAACUUGUCAAACCAGCGCCAUCAAAGACAGCACAACCCGCAAGCGGCCGCUCAACCCCGGUACCCGUAAAAGACAGACAAAAGCUAGGGCUGGAAGGAGGCGCGCGCAAACCAGAUGCCCGCCAGGCAAUGGUAGAGGGCAUCGGUGUGCUCUCGCGGAUGCCCACCUUUAUGCUGGAGCUAUUCGUAAAUUACGACUGCGACCCGGACCGAGCUGACAUGUGUGAAGACAUGAUAGGCCUACUUUCGCGCAACGCCCUCCCGGAUUCAGCCACGUGGAGUACCACUAGUGUUCCGCCGCUAUGCUUGGACGCUCUACUACGGUAUAUCCAAUUUAUCGCCGAACGCCUUGAGGACGAGCCUCUCACGGAGGGGUUCCCAGACCCAGCCAUGCUCAAAGAGCAACGUCAAAAGAAGCAGACCAUCAUCAGGGGCACGGCGAAAUUCAACGAAAAGCCCAUGGCUGGCUUAGGUUACCUCGAGACACAGGGAGUUCUUACCGAUGCUCGUGAUCCGGUCGAAGUCGCUCAAUUCUUGAAGAGCACUUCCAGGUUAUCCAAAGCUGUUCUUGGCGAAUUUCUUUCGAAACGAGGCAACGAGGCGUAUCUGAACGCUUUUCUGGACCAGUUCGACUUUGCAGGGCGUCGCGUUGACCAGGCGCUGAGGCUGCUCUUGGAGUCUUUCAGAUUGCCGGGUGAAGCUCCCCUCAUUGAACGAAUCGUCGAAGCCUUUUCAGAAAAGUACAUUGAAGCGGCUCAUCCACCUGAGGUUGCAGGCAGUGAAGCCGUCUACAUCUUGACGUACGCUAUCAUUUUGUUGAAUACAGACCAGCACAACCCGAACAUGAAGGAUAAGAGGAUGACUCUUGAGGCAUUUGCCAGGAACUUGAGAGGCACCAACAAGGGCGAAAACUUCGCGCCCGAUUUUCUUGAGGCCAUCUAUCAAUCUAUCAAAACCAACGAAAUCAUUCUACCAGACGAGCACGACAACAAGGAUGCAUUCGACUACGCUUGGCGAGAGCUGCUGCUCAAGACGGAGUCAGCUGGUCCUUUGCAAAUUUGCGAGACAAACAUUUACGACGCCGACAUGUUUGCCGCAACCUGGCGACCGGUUGUGUCUACUCUGUCUUACGUUUUCAUGUCUGCUACAGAUGACGCGGUCUUUGCUCGCAUAGUGACAGGUUUCGAUGAGUGUGCGCGCAUCGCAGCAAAGUAUGGCAACACUGAGGCUCUUGACCGCAUCGUGUACUGCCUCAGCCACAUCUCUACACUGGCCUCGGAUGGACACUACAACACAACCCUCAAUACCGAAGUGCAAGCCGGAGACGGCAGAGUCAUGGUCAGUGAGCUUGCUGUCAAGCUAGGCCGAAACUUCAGAGCCCAGCUGGCGACACUGGUUCUCUUCCGAGUAGUGACCGACAAUGAGGGGCUUCUUCGAGACAGCUGGGAACAUAUCAUCCGCAUUUGGCUGAACCUAUUUGUGAACUCCCUCGCGGAACCAUUCUCGUCUCCAGAUCUCCCUCUCUUCCCUAUCCCCCCUAUCCCCCUCCAGCUACCCUCACAAGUGAUCGACCGGGCUGUGAGGUCCGCUGACACGGGAUUCUUCUCGGCGUUCACGUCGUACAUAUCAAGCUAUGCUGCAGACGACCCUCCCGAGCCCUCGGAAGAGGAACUAGAAAGCACGCUCUGCACCGUCGACUGCAUCAAGUCCUGUGGAAUUGAUAACGUCUUCAACAAUAUCGCCCUACUCCCGGCAGCACAAUCAAAACAUUUGGUCGAGGCAGUGCUUGAGCAGUUGCCUGAGAAUAAUCAAGAAGAAGUUGUGAUCGCCGUGAAGCAGGAGGGCAUGUCCUCUCCUGUCCCGAGCGGCGCGGGAACUACUUCUCCGCCCCUUAAGUACGACCCUACUGUUGCUUUCUUACUGGAGUUUGCCACCAUGCUGGCCGUUCGAAACAACGAUUCAGUUGAGGCUAUGGGAAAGCUUGUCUUCGAUACCAUCCAGGCAAUUCUGCGAAAUCCUGUCAUGUGGCACCCUACUACGGUGUCCCGGGCGACGUUCUAUGCCUUGAAAACACUAGAAGCAACAUAUGAUCACGAUUUCGCCAACGUACCCUACCUUCUCCACAGCAUAGCCACGUUGCCAGCUCACAUACUUGGGAAAGGGGCCGAUUUAGCCCUGGCAGGGCUGGCUGUCUGCGUUGAUCAACCCGGUCCUCUAAGAAGUGAAAUCAUGACGUCGCCCGAUUUCUGGAAGUUAUUGCACGUUCUAGCAACACAGCCUAAAACAGCGGCUAUGGUUUUCGAUAUCCUGGAAAGGGGCGUAUCAGGUAAUUCGCACGCGAUUCUGGCAGAUAACUAUGAGGCUGCAGUCGGACUGCUUAAUGAGUUUGCGUCGUCUGCGCGACCCUUAUCCAUCAAAGAAGACAGUGGAGCACGGCAACCAGGUGAACUCACGCAGGAGCAAAAGGACGAGACGGCCGUGUCUCGCGGGUGCAAAGCUAUCAGCAUCCUGCAAAGCAUGACAGCCCGUGUGCCGCAGCUGAUCGAGCAAUCCCACCUGGAAAGCAGUGAGGCGUGGGCGGCAUACUGGCUGCCGGUUUUCCAAGCCUUGACCAGACAGUGUACGAACCCAUGCCGUGAAGUCCGUCAGCUGGCCUUCUCUUCCCUUCAAAGGUCCUUGCUCUCGCCGGACCUUACGCGCAAUGAGUCUAAGGAAUGGACAGCCAUUUUUGAUAGUGUCCUGUUCCCCCUUAUCCACAGGCUUCUCAAGCCUGAAGUCUUUUCAACAGACCGUGACGGCAUGGCUGAGAUGCGAGUGCAAGCGGCCUCGCUGCUGUGCAAGGUUUUCUUGCAAUAUCUUGUGUUGCUGUCGGAAAUGGGCGGCAUGCUUGAUCUCUGGUUGAAGAUUGUGGAUAUAAUGGACAGGCUUCUCAAUAGCGGACAAGGUGACAGUUUGGAGGAGGCCGUCCGUGAGAACCUGAAGAACGUAGUGUUGUUCAUGGUCAGCAGCGGUUAUCUGGUGCCUCCCAAGCAGGAUCAGUCCGAGGCAGUUCUGUGGACCGAAACGUGGAAGCGUAUCGAUCGCUUCUUCCCCGAGCUGCGCAGCGAUCUUGCGCUUGAAAACGAUGAUGCACCAGAUGCGCUUCCGAAGAACGGUGUCGAAAUUGCCACUGAUGAAGCUUUGCCACAGCAGCAUUCAAACAGCCCUCCUGAGCAGGCACCAAACGGGAGCGAAGAGGCUGAGGAAUGAUUUCGCGUACUUGCGGGUCAAUGCCACAUUCAUGAGGUCGUGAUCUGUACGAACGGCUGGGUCCUCCUGCUGAGCGAACACGAUCAUCAAAAACUGUACAAAGUCAUAGAAAUAGAUAGAUGGGUCUAACAACAGGCAAUAAACUCCACACAUCUGCCAAGAUCA